GCGAUCGAAAACAGUGUGUACUUGGAGCAGAUGGCGAUGCCAUGAAGCAACCUAAACAAGAAAUAGGGAAGAUGAAUGUAAAUUACCGUGUUUGGAACAGGAUUAACCAGCAAUUUCAAAAAGAUGAAAGUGAUAUGGGAGAGAAUAAGAAUGGCCUUACAUAUAAGAAUGAUGCACUGUCUACCAAAAUACAACGCCUUCAAAAAGAGAUUCAGCAACUUCAACAACAUGAACAAGUUCAACAAGGGAAUAACAAGAUGCACGAACACAGUCAGAAACGCCGAGAAGAGAAAAGUGAGAUGGAAUACCACAAUCAGCAACUUCGACGUGAGAAACGUCAGGCGCAGUACGAAAAUCAGGAACUUAGAGAGGAAAACACCAAAAGUAUUGACAAGAUUUGCCAACUUGAACACGCAAAAGUUCAGAUGGAAAAUGAAAUUCAGCAACUUAAAGACGACAAAAGUAAGAUGGAAAACGAAAAUCAGCAAAUUCGACGUGUGAAACAUCAGGUGGAGUCCGAAAAUCAGCAACUUAGAGAGAAAAACACCAAAAGUAUUGACGAGAUUCGGCAACUUCGAGAAGCAAAAGGUCAGAUGGAAAACGAAAUUCAGCAACUUAAAGACGAGAAAAGUGAGAUGGAAAACGGAAAUCAGCAACUUAAAGACGAGAAAAGUGAGAUGGAAAACGAAAAUCAGCAAAUUCGACGAGAGAAAAGUCAGUUGGAGAACGAAAAUCAGCAUCUUCGACAAGAAACUGAUGACAUAAUCAGUGAAAUGCAAGAGACUCGACAAGAAAAAAACAACAUGGAAAUUGAGAUUCAGCAAUAUCGCGAAGGCAUCAUGUCUACCAUCUUUACAGAAAGUGGAUCGGUAGUAGUUUCAAAUGAAAUACUAGGAAGAGGUGCUUGGGGUACUGUUUACAGGAGAGACUUUUUUGGAACUAAAGUAGCAGUUAAAGAAUUUUACGAAAUCAUUUUAUCUCCACAUAACGCGGGAAUCCUUGAUCGCGAAAUAGAAAUCGCAUCGCAAUGUCGACAUCCUAAUUUACUACAGUUUAUUUGUGCAACGAAAAAUGAUCAACACCAUCUUUUAAUUGUUACAGAAUUCUUGGACAUGACUUUGCGUACAUUACUCGAGGAACGUGCAAGAGAAAAAUUACAGUUGAAAUAUCAGGAGGUUAAAUCAAUUUCCUUUGAUGUGGCGCGUGGCCUCAACUACUUUCAUUCAAAAACGCCAAACCCAAUUAUCCAUCGUGAUGUUAGCAGUGCCAAUGUAUUGUUAUGGAUUGAAAAUGGUGCAGUAAGAAGAGCGAAAAUAUCGGAUUAUGGUUCAGCUAAUUUCAUGCAAGUGUGUAAUACACCAAAUGCUGGAUCACCGCUUUACGCCGCGCCUGAAGCCAGUCGAGAAAUACAAGAUCCUAAGGUAAAUAUAUUCGAAAGUAAUCACACGAAUAGCGAAAUUUUGACUUCAAAAUUGAAAAAAUAAUUGAUUCUUUUGAAUUCACUUUGUUCAACGCCUGACUGCUGGACAGGAAUUACUCCAAACACAUUGCAGGUUUUUAUAUAAUCCAUAAAUCGCCGGAAAACAGUAAAAUCUAUAUAGUAUUGAAAUUACUCAUUCCAAAGUAUAUCUCAACCAUUUCCACGCUAUAUCCAUAGAAAAUGGAAAGCAAGUAGCUGAAAUGAAGUGUAUGGGAACUUACCUGUUCAAUAUCUUGCUUGUUCACCGAGGCCCAGGCUCUAUUUGCCUGCGCUAGCCUGUGACUUCCUUAUAACGAGGGAAGGAAGGAAAGAUGCGACCAAAAUAGCUCAGACUUGGCAUAUGUCACACGAAACUAUCCUCGAUUUUUCGCCUUUAAAUGCAUUUCUUUCAAGAUUAAUCGCUAUUCCCUGUAAGAAUGAUACCGUAUAACUCUCAAAACAAUGAUGCUUUAAUCAAAGAGCUUAAAUUCGCUCUAAACUCCGUGAGGGAAUGACAAAAUUCGGCCAACAAAAUAUAUCCGCGUGCAAAUUUGCUGGACAAAAACCGGAAAUCGUUGAACAACUCAAAAUACACUAAAACCUGAUUGAACAACGAAUAUCAACAAAGAUUUCAAUUUUUUUCUACUGGGAAGAGGAACAGUGAGAAUUUGAAUCAAAACAGGGGUUGUCGGCGAAAAACCAGCGCAAAUUUAUUUAUUUUAUUUAAUUUAUAAAAUUUAAUUUAAUUUAAUUUAAAGAAUAAAUUUGCACUGGUACUGUCCCCUCUCUCAGUAAAGAAAAAUUUGAAAUGUUUGUUGAUAUUCGUUGUCCAAUCAGAUUUGAGUGUAUUUUGAGUUGUUCAACGACUUCCGAUUUUUGUCCAGCAAAUUUGCACGCGGAUAUAUUUUAGCUAAAUGUUUACAUUCCCUCACGGAUUUUAGAGCGAAUUUAAGCUCUUUGAUUAAAGAUCGUUGGUUUGAGAGUUAUACGGUAUCAUUCUUGCAGGGAAUAUCGAUUAAUCUUGAAAGAAAUGCAUUUAAAGGCGAAAAAUCAAGGAUAGUUUCGUGUGCAUGACAUUAUGCCAAGUCUGAGCUAUUUUGGUCGCAUCUUUCCUUCCUUCCCUUGUUAUAAGGAAGUCACAGGCGGGAGCAGGCAAGUAGAACCUGGACUUCCUGUGGCUCGAUGGUGCUUCUAAAUCCACAAAACAUUUACAUCUUAUGCCAGAUAAUAUGCAAAUACUAUAUAUUUUCAAAAUCGGCCAUAUUUAUUUACAUUAGAUCUCAAACUUUCGCGGUUCACACGAAAUAUUACAUCGGUCAUUUUCACUAAUAAUAAGAGGGCAGGAUCAUUCAAUUAUUUCAUCGUUCCAAGCGAGAGGAAGCCAUGCUUCCAUAUAUGGCACAAACGUGUCCCCAACUUCCUUAUAUGACACAAACGUGUCCCCAGAAUAUCAGUUAGGCGAAGUUGUUAUGAUGUCAUAAGAUUCCUAACGCUCGAAGUGAUUUGAACAGGUUACGUGGUACAGAACUCAAACAGCUGAUUGUGUUAACGACUGUCAACGCCCUGACUUCGAUCCUACCCUCUUAUUAUUAGUAAAAAUCACCGACGUUAAUAUUUCGUGUGAACCGAAAAAGUUUGGGUUCUAAUGUAAAUAAAUAUGGCGGAUAUUGAAAAUAUAUACAGUAUUUGCAUAAUAUGUAAAUGUUUUAUGGAUAUAGAAGAAAUGUCAAGCAAGAUAUUGAACAACUAGUUGAAGAAUUUAUGACAGAUCAGUUAAAGGUGAUGAAUUUAUGACAGAUCAGUUAAAUUCGUUAUCAAGCAGACAUAUUUUCAAAUAUAUUUUCGCUUGCUACUCUGGUUUAAAUAAACGAACGCAGUCCCAAAUAAUUAAAUUCACGACCCAACGUCUGGUCUCGUCGUUUGCGGUGACCAAAAGUUGCAACAUGGUUGUUUUCCAACACAAGUAUAUACAUCUACCUUCAGUGAUGUUACUUUAGAUCACCCCCAAUGAAGACACAAGAGGGUGUAUCAGAAAAAAAGUAGACCAUUUUGAAGCGGUUCUCAAUUUCACAAAUCCGGCAAAAAUGCCAUGAAUUUUUUUUAUAAAUACAGAUUAGUACAAAUAGACUUGCGCGCAAAAUUUAAAAGUUUAAAACGCAUUUUGAAUAGCUCGCGCGAUAUAUUAAAGUUCAGAAGGCAUUUUGAGUUCAUGGGCGAGAAAUGUGUUAUGUGUUUUAUUAAUGGUCCAAAUAUAUCAGAACGUUUGCUGAAUUUUAAGACCUUUUGGCACCAAUGCCUAUCACGCAUACUUAAAUCACGCAUUUACCUAAUUUGCAUAUUGUUAUUGUUAAAAAAAAAGUAAAAUGACAAUAAUAUUACGUAAAUUAGGUAAAUGCAUUAAUUUGGCAUGCUUGAAAGGCAGUGGUGCCAAAAAAUUAAAGUUUCAGCAGCUAUUUGAAGGACUUAAAAUUUGGACAAUUUUCUGAUAUUUGGACUAUAAAUAAACCAUAUAACAAUUAUCUCGCCCAUGAACUCAAAAUGCAGUUGAACCUUUUAAAUUUCGCGAGCAAGUUAUUUUUAUAAAUGCUGCUAAAACAGAUAGGGGCUGCUCUACGAAUUUUUUUGGUUAUUCUACAUUAUAAGUACCCAAACAAUCAAUAUAAAAAAUUCAUAACAUGAUUGCGGAUUUGUGAAAUUGAGAGCCGUUUCAAAAUUGUAUACCUUUUUUCUGAUACACCCUGUAGGCUGGAUUUUUGUAGAGCGUUGGACUAGCAAGCCAAAAGUCGUACGAUGAUUCAUACUGGUACGACAAAAGAAACCGUUUACUUGUUUAUUUAUGUUUAUGCAGGUCGAUGUGUUUAGCUAUGGUUUACUGGUAUGUGAGAUGUAUGUUUGUGAGCUACCUCGUCCUGAACAAAUAGAAAGGAAGGGUCAAAUAGAGAAGAUUCAGAAUGCUGGUAUCAAAAGGUUGGUGGAACGUUGUACGGAAAUUCAACCGCAACAAAGGCCAACAAUGCAGGAUGUAAUUGGAUUCUGGUCAACUAAGCUAGAGUACUUUUAG